AUGGAGUCCACCGAGUCCACCGAGUCCACUGAGGCCACUGAGGCAAGACAAUCGCUCUCCAUUGAGGACUUGAAGGAGCAGGGCAACCUGGCCUUCAAGAGGGCCGCUUUGCUGAGGCGCACCACAGCUGCAUCUCAGUACCUCAGCGAAGCCAAGUCCUACUAUAUCGAGGCAAUACAGCGGCUUGGCUCGGCCAAAGCAGACUCUGCCAACCUUGCCCUUACGUGUGUGUUGCAUUCGAAUUUGGCUGCCGUGUAUUUGCAAGAGGUGCCCCCAAAGUGGACUGAAGCCAAAGCCGCUGCAGAUAUCGCGCUGACCGUCGACCAGCAAAAUGUGAAAGCGAGGUUUCGACGGGCGCAGGCGCUCUUGCAGGACAACAGAGAAGGUUUGCCAAUCAAGGCUCUGAAAGAAGCCCUGGAUGAUUUGAAAGCAGCGCAGACACUGGAGCCUCGCAAUUCGCAGGUAAGAGAUGAGGCCAAGCGCGUUUCCCAGCGACUGGACCGCCUGGAGCAGAAGCAACAAGUGCCAAUAGCAAGAAAGAUUGUGGAGAAGCACGUCGCAGCAGCCCUACUGGACCGCGGCAGUGACUGCCUGGACAGUCACGGCUAUGCCAGAUUCUUACAGAGCAAGAAUACCUCCACGAAGUCGCUCGAGCAGCAUGCCAUGCUAAUUCUGAGGAUGGACAAGAGUCCACGAGUAUGCCUCAGCCAAGCUUUUCUACACAUUUGGGAGGCAGCCCUCGGGAAGGAGUUCUGUGAUCGGCUGGACAGCAAGCUGCAGGGGGGCCAAGCGGAGCAGAAGGCUGCCUUGCAGGAGAUGCGCAGCUUGGUGUGGCAGCUUUCGCGAGAUGCAUUGGGAUGCCGUUUGGUGCAGACUGCUAUUGCAGUGGCCAGUCCCGCGGCGGCCAAGGAGAUUGCCGGCGAGCUUCGCGGCCAUGUUCGAGAAGCAGCUGCUUCGCCCCAUGCCAAUUAUGUGUUGCAGAAGGUGAUCAGCCAGCUGAGCCCUGCAUCGUUCAUCUUCAUUGCAGAGGAGCUUGUUGGAAAUGCCGCAAGAUUCGCCCGGCACCGCUAUGGUUGCCGGAUCAUCUGCCGGCUGCUGGAGUACUUGCCAAGCGAGGAGAAGUAUGCGACGAUUGUCUCGCUGGUGAUCGACGAGCUGCUGAGCAGUCUUUCCGAGGCUCAAGACCUCUGCCGGCACAACUUCGGGCAUCAUGUGGCCCAGGGCAUUCUGGAGCAUGGGGGUCAUUGGCUGCAGAGGCACAAGGAUUACCUGGCCGAAGUCCUUCAAUAUGACUUGGAGGGCAAUGCCAUGCAUCGCAGUGCGCGCGUCUCGAGCCUGGUUGCCAUUGUGUGCCGGUUGAUUGGUGUGAAGUUCUGCGCAGGCCAGCUAUUUGCUGGAAUCUGCGCUGACGCACUGUAA